AAAUAUAUAAUAUGCUUUAUCCUGUCAAAAGUUUUAUAUCAUGAUCAAAAAACCAAUACUAGAAAAAAUCGAAUUUUUGGGUUAAGUUAUUUAUUUGUUUCAAAAUAAACAAAUAAAGUAUUGCAAACUGGAAGGUUUAAACCAUCAGAUGUUAAAAUGGAAAAGAAUGAAAAGUUAGACAACAAAAGUUUGACAUCAAGUUUCAAAGCAAAACAAAAAAAUUUAUUGCAAAAAAAACUUAGUGGUCAAAACAAAGACCAUAUUGCAAAUGAAGAGGAUCAGCGUUUACCUCCAGCUUUACGAAGAAAGUUGCGUGGUUUGUUUCAGCAGAUUGAGCAAGAGUUUGAAAGCAUAAUGCAUGAAAAUGUUGUUCUUCAAGAGAAACUUGAGUUGAUGACUGAAAAGUAUAAAGUAUUAGUACAUAAUAGUCAGGAGAAAAUCGAAAAGACAGAUUCUGGUUUAGAUUAUCCUGAGGGUAUAUCUUUUAAAGAAGAUUCUCAUGUAUCCAAAGGAACAAAAAAGCCAUCUGCAAGUCAGAUAGUGUCUCAGAAGCUGAAAACUAAAUACCGUGCAUCAACUAGUAAGUUUGUAUCAAGCUUUAAAAUGCCUAAUGCUCAAGUUGUUUCAUUGUAUUGUCAUAUGGUUCAGAAAUAUGUUGGGCAUCGAGAUGGGAUUUGGGAAGUAUCUAGCAGCAAAGGAAAUGUUGUGGCUACUGCUUCUGCUGAUCGAACAGCUAGAGUCUGGAAUGUAGAGACUUGUCAAUGUUUAAUAUCAUACCAUGGACACACAGGAUCUGUUAACUCUGUGCGCUUCCAUCCAAAUGACUCAUUGUUAUGUACAGGCUCUGGUGAUGGUACUUGUCAUUUAUGGAAGUUGCAAACACCUGUGGUAACAGAUUUUCGAAGACAUUCACCUGUUCAGGCAGAUGCAAACUCUGCUGGCUCUGGUGAAGAUGAACAAGAAGAAGAUAUUGAAACUGAUACUCAACAUAUGAUUAAAGUAAAAACACCUCUAGUUCAGUUAUCUGGACAUGAUGGUCCUGUUUCAUCGGCAGAUUGGUGGACAGGUGGUACCCAAGUGGUUUCAGCUUCUUGGGAUCGAACUGUAAAGCUUUGGGAUGUAGAAAAAACUAAUGUUAUUCACACUCUUGAAGGGCAUGAACUUGAAAUUACACAUUUGUCAGUUAAUUCUUUACAAAAGCUUAUUGUCACUUCUUCCCAAGAUACAACAUUUCGUUUGUGGGACUUUCGAUUGCCUAGCAUGCAUUCUGUUAAUGUCUUUCAAGGGCAUACAGACACUGUUACUUCAGCAGUGUUUACCAAUAAAGCAGAUCAUGUAGUAAGUGGUAGCGAUGAUAGAACUGUCAAGGUUUGGGAUUUGAAAAAUAUGCGAUCACCAAUAGCAACCAUUCGUCUUGAUUCAGCAGUCAAUAGGUUAUCUUUGUCGCCAAACCAAAGUAUUAUCGCCAUACCUCAUGAUAAUCGCCACGUUCGUUUAUACGAUUUAUCCGGCAAUCGUUUAUCGCGUUUACCACGUCAACAACGUCAAGGACAUGAACGUAUUGUUUGUUCGACAUGUUGGCUUGACGAUACAAGCACAAAAUCGGUACAAUUAAUGACAGCAGGUUUUGAUAAGCAACUCAUUGGCUGGAAUAUAAUUAUGUAAUAUAAA